AUGGCGGGACGCACUCCGUCGAUCGUGUGGACAGGCACUGUGGUGCAGAAGCGCGGACGCCAAUACUCUCCAGCAAAUGGCCUGUCGACGGGUAUGAAACAACCUUCCGGGAAAAGCCAGCGCCUGAUCCUGACGCACAUCGGCAGUGAGAAUGACUUCGUUGAUGGCUGCUUGGAUGUAUUCCGAGGCCAAAGAACAAGCGACUGCCAUGAGGAAAUGGACAGCAAUCGCUUCGAGGGAUGGUUCAAUGACGUUCUGCAGAAGUUGCCGGCUGGUAGCGUCAUUGUUAUGGAAAAUGCACCUUAUCAUGCCCGGCGAGCAAAUAAAUUGCCAACGACGGCCUGGAAAAAGGCAAGAAUACAGGAGUCGCUGAAAAGCAAGAACGUCACCUACAGUGAAAAGAGGGUAAAGAAGCAGCUGCUUGAGCUGGUGGCAUCUGUUAAGUCACGCUUUCUGAGCUACAUCGUCGAAAAUGACGUCGCUGUGCACAACGGAGACUUCGAGCUGUCCAUGGUUGAAGACGUCUGGAGGGAGAAAAUCAGGCAAGUAAUGGCGGAAUGCUGGAGGAAGAGCUUUCAGCACGUGAUGGACCUGGAGGCAAAGUUCAGUCAUAUGCCAACCAUAAGGAUACAGUGA